AUGGUCUACGACAUGACGCACAUGGCGGCGGGUCCGGCGCAGAGCAUCGCCCUGAGCCGCUACUAUCUGCCCGAGGAGGACGAGAUGGUCGUGGGGGCAAACAAUCCGCAUCUGGUCAGCGAGGACUAUGCGGCCAGCACUACGCUGGAUAUCGACAAGCGAUUCCAGGCGCGAAUGGCCUGCGAAACGGCUGCCCAGCCGGCGCCACCGCCUCCGCCAACGCCGGCUCCGCGGCGCCGGACCACGCCCAUUGCCCACCUGGAUCCAUCGGAGCUGGUGGGCUUGUCGCGGGAAGAGCGUCGUCGCCGUCGCCGUGCCACACUCAAGUACCGGACGGCGCAUGCAACGCGUGAGCGCAUCCGGGUGGAGGCCUUCAACGUGUCCUUCGCCGAGCUGCGCAAGCUGCUACCCACUCUGCCGCCGGACAAGAAGCUGUCCAAGAUCGAGAUCCUUAAGCUGGCCAUCUGCUACAUUGCCUACCUAAAUCAUGUGCUGGAGACGCCCUGA